ACAACAAGGGAAACCACCACCAAACACAAGACGCUCCUCUGCACACACUCAACAUGCCUUCAAUCAGGGGGCAUGAAUAUUUUCUGGCUGUUAUCCUAACAGGGUACAUUAUGUACAAGACAUGUUUGGCCCAAGAAGACGAGAACACCACUUUUGCAUAUGACUACAACUAUACCACUGACUAUGAUAUAUAUAAUGGAUUUCCUGAGGUCUGUUCCAAGGCAGCCAAUCGUCAGUUUAGGCAGUGGUUCAUCCCCACUUUCUAUGCCAUCAUCUGCUUUUUGGGGCUCACCGGAAACCUGCUGGUCAUCCUUACAUACUUUUACUUCAAACGCCUCAAAACCAUGACUGAUGUGUACCUUCUCAACUUGUCAUUUGCCGAUCUCCUCUUUGUAAUUUCUCUCCCCUUUUGGGCGUUUAAUUCAAUGAAUGAAUGGGUGCUAGGUUUGCCUGUGUGUAAAAUCAUGCAUACCAUCUAUAAAGUUACUUUCUACAGUAGCAUGUUUCUCCUCUCCUCCAUCAGUGUAGAUCGGUACUUUGCAAUAUCCAAGGCUAUUUCUGCUCAUAAACACCGCUCCCAAGCAGUGUUUUUCAGCAAGAUCGCCUCCAUGGUUAUGUGGGUGUUAGCGCUAAUCUUUUCAGUGCCUGAAAUGAUUUUCACCACAAUCAAUAACAACGCAUGCACGCCUUAUAAAAGCAACAAUGAUACGCUUCGUGUGAGUCUUCAGUCUAGUCAGAUAACCCUUGCGUUUCUCAUACCACUUAUCGUCAUGGGUUUCUGUUACAGCAACAUAAUUUGGACCCUUAGCCAAACUCGAGGAUUUGAAAGAAACAGAGCUAUCAAAGUCAUUUUAGCUGUGGUGGCUGUAUUCCUGAUUUUCCAAACACCUUACAACAUCGUGCUAUUUUGGACCACUAUUGUCACAGCUAAGGGUGGAACCACUAUUUGCAAUAAUGAUAAUAGUCAACUUUACGCCACAGAUAUCACCCAGUGUAUAGCCUUCUUCAGGUGCUGCCUCAACCCCUUUGUGUACGCAUUUAUUGGGGUUAAAUUUAGGCAUGAUGUCCUGAAACUGCUGAAGGACUUGGGAUGUAUGAGUCGAGAAAGGUUUUUCAAAUACACAUGUGCCCAAAGAAAGGCAUCACUGGCUACAGAAACAGACAGCACCACCACCUUCUCACCUUGAAGAUGAGAAGAAUGGACAAGGGCUUAAAUCCAAUCAGUGUAUUCAGUAUUUGUACGUAGAAAAUAGUUCAAUGCUAUCUUCUAUUAACUAUUGAUGUUAUAGAAGGAGGACAUUUCGGCCAGUAUGGUAGCCUCGCUUUCCAGUCUCUCCCUCUUACUUUCUGUUUGAACACAGUAGGGACUGGAACCAAUAGAGCAUGUUGUGUAAUUUUAGGACAAACCAAUAACAGCCACUUUGAAGAACAUGUCUCUGAAAAGCAGACGCUGGAAUAUUUUGGUAUCAUUCAGAACAAAAUUAAAUAUAAACUGUGACUACAGGUUUGCAGGUUUUAUUCCAUUUACUUGUUGAUUCUGUAUUUCAGUUUUUCUUUUCCUACACAAACUGUCAUGUGUUUCUCUGAUUGGUUAAUCAGCUCCUGUCAAUUAUGCCAAAUAGAAAUUGUGGAGACAAGAGUAAAGUAUUGUAAAGGUGUGUGGUAUUGGCUGGCCAGGCAACUGUUAUGGGCAUUGGACACAGUGAUGAGUUAGUCACAGAGUAAUUCAGCUGCUGUGUAAUUUGCCCACUAACAACAAGGUAGCUGUUUCAAACUUAAUCUGAUUUUAUAUUUUUGUUGUGUCAUUGUGUAAGACUUCAUUCACAUUGCUGUGUCCAAUCACAGUAAUGAGGAUGGUAGGGCAUCCGGCGUAAAACAAAACAAACAAAAAAACAAACAAUCGAACAAAAAAAAAAAUGCAACUCUAGCUCAGAUUUUGAUAUGACUUGGGUUUGUUUUUAUGUGUUAAUAGUGAUUGGUAGCUCCUCACCAAACAUCUGUUGAAAAGGUACAUAUCAUUCAGUUUGUUCAAUGCAUUUGAAUGCUUAUGCUGUACAUAAUAUACAUACAUUAAUUAAUAUCUUUAAAAAUAUUUUUUUAUUCACAUUGUUGUGUUCAGUAUUUUUUCUUGUUUGUAGUUACAUGCCUGUAUGUGGAGCCAUACCCAGUGUAAAAUAUGUUUCUAAUAUGCCAAAGGGUAUUUAAUUGGAUAUAUACAAGUAAAAUUCCCAUUUAUAUGAUAAAAUAGUACUGAAUUUUUGUAAUGUAAUGUAUUGUAAUGUAAGAAGCAGAAACAAAAUGCUAUCUUCCAUAAGCCAAUAAAGUAUGU